GCGAGUGGGAAACGUUCGGACAACGUGAGUUGUGUGAUUGUUCCACACAGUUUCAAAGUGUUGAUAAGUUAACACCGCUCCUGGAAUAAUAACACAACAUCGUCACCACGAGACAAAGGCUUUGUGCAGCUCUGUGGACAUGGCUCUGAAUAAGUCCAUGCAUCCUCGGAACCGCUACAAAGACAGACCCCCGGACUUCUCCUACCUGGCCUCCAAGUACCCGGACUUCCAGCAGCACGUACACACCAGCCUCACAGGCCGCCCUGUUGUGAAUUUCAAAGAGCCGGAGGCGGUGCGAGCGCUGACCUGCACUCUGCUGAAGGAGGACUUUGGUUUGACCAUCGAGAUCCCACUGGAGCGCCUCAUACCCACUGUCCCCCUACGCCUCAACUACAUCCACUGGGUGGAGGACCUCAUAGACGGCCAGAAGCAGCCGCGAAGGGGCAUCGACAUCGGCACUGGGGCGUCUUGUAUUUACCCCUUACUGGGAGCCACAAUGAACGGCUGGUAUUUCCUCGCCACAGAGGUGGACGACAUCUGUUUCGACUACGCUACGAAAAACGUGGAGCAGAACAAUAUGUCUGACCUCAUUAAAGUCGUCAAAGUUCCACAGAAGACUUUACUGAUGGAUGCCUUGAAAGAAGAGACAGAGAUCAUAUAUGACUUCUGCAUGUGCAACCCCCCUUUCUUUGCAAACCAGCUAGAAGCACAGGGGGUCAACUCCAGGAACUCACGCCGACCUCCUCCCAGUUCAGUGAACACAGGCGGGGUGACGGAGAUCAUGGCGGAGGGCGGGGAGCUGGAGUUUGUCAAGAGGAUCAUUCACGACAGUCUGCAGCUCAAGAAACGCCUGCGGUGGUACAGCUGCAUGUUGGGGAAGAAGUGCAGCCUGGCACCUUUGAAAGAGGAGCUGAGGAAACAAGGGGUGCCUAAAGUGACGCACACGGAGUUUUGUCAGGGACGGACCAUGAGGUGGGCGCUGGCCUGGAGCUUCUACGAUGAUGUGAUUGUUCCGUCUCCUCCCAGUAGGAAGCGUAAACUGGAGAAGUCCCGGAAACCGCUGUCCUUCACACUUCCUGAGGCUGGACUGAAGGAGCUGCGGGUCAAAGCUUUGGCGCUGGGCUGCUCAGCCCGCAGCCCAGUGGACAGCGUCACGGCUCUGCUGGAGAGGACACUCACCGACCUGAGGGUGCUGCACAAGCGUGUCCCCGGCAGGGAGCAGGAGCAGAGUCUCGUCCUGACGGCCGUGGAGAACAAUUGGAUCCACGGCCGACAGAAGCGACGUGAACAGAAGCGUCACUUGCGAGAGCUUCCCAGGGCGCCUCACUGGGUGGCCACCAGCUCUCAAACCACCUCGGCUUCAGCUGCUCGUCCAAAGAACCAACCCUCCCAAAACCAGUCUGCUUCCAAUCAAAACAGCAGCAACACUCAGGGUGAUGUCUCUCACAAGGAAACCACAUCUGUACGAGAGGAGACUGACAACGGCUGCUCCUCCAGUAAAGAUGAAACACAGAAGGCGGCUGGAGAACAGAGCGAAGUCUCCAACGAUGUGAGCAGUAAAGAUGUGGACAUGGAGUCUGCAGGCCCAAAGGAAAUGGCUCCCGCGGCGAGUGAGCCCCCGACACAGCGACCCCCGAGCCCCGGUGCAGUCACACACUUCCUGUUUAAGUGUCAGCUGAACGUGAUGCUGGAGGGGAGCGACGUGCUGAUUGAGAUGCACUACGUCGAAGGUCAGAACAAAGACCUGUUGAACCAGCUGUGCACGUACCUGAAGAACUCACUUUUAAAGUCUAUAGCAAGGCCCUGAACCAUCAGCAGGUCCGAUCCGAGUGCCUGUCUGUGGAGAAGUGUCUCUCAGGAGUGAGAAUGAUUUUUCUGUGUGUGUCCAUCAGCAGGCAGCUUUUGAUAAGUUCAGAAAAUGCUGCGUUUGUUCCAGGAAAGAAUCAACUGUGUGCUCAGAUGUUUUCUCUACAAAAUUGUGUAAACAUUUCGAAUAAAUGUAGUUUUUUUAUUGAAUUUUA